CUCCCAUGACUUUGGACCAUGAAAUCCACAGCGAAUGACGCGGCACCACGUGUGCAGAUCUACCCCCAGCACACUGACUGCGUCUCCGAUUUCUUGCGAGGUGUGCGAUGCUCGUGAUUGCCGUACCUGCUGACGUGGCUGAGUAGAUAUACUUGCGCGUGCCGGCUGGAUUCAUGCCAAUGUCGAGAUUCAGGGUUUCGGGUUUAAGAAGGGUCGAACGACCGCAAUGUCCGGCACGGAACUCGCCUGACAUCUAGAUUGAAGGACCUUUACUCCCGCCGGCCACUCACCGAGCCGGUUUGUGGGGGAGUGGGGCCAGCGCCUCUUCCGCGGGGGUGGCAGCGCGCCCUUUCUGUCGCCCCCGCCCGCCACUCAUCCAGCCCUCCUGUGCCCCGCGUCGCUCGUCUGUCCUGUGCGCAUGCAGCGGCGGGGGGAGGUGCGCGUGUGGGCGGUGCGUUGCCAUCAGGCGCGUGGUGCUGGAGGUGGGGUGUGGCGCGGGCAACACGGUGUUCCCCCUGCUGGCGGACGACCCCUCUCUCUUCGCCCUCGCCUGCGACUUCUCCCCGCGCGCCGUCGCCCUCGUUGCCGGCAGCUCGCUGUACGACCCGCACAGGCUGAGGGCAUUCGUCGCUGACGUCACUGCUGACCACCUCCCCUCCGCCAUCGCUGCUGCCACGUCGCCUGCCGUCCCAACCGCCACCAGCGGCGACAGCAGCAGCAGCAGAAGCAGUGGUGGCGGCGGUGCAUGUGCGUGCUGCGUGUUUGUGCUGUCGGCCAUGUCGCCGGACAAGAUGCCCCUCGCCAUCGCCAACGUCGCCACUCUGCUCAAGGCAUGCGGGCAUGUGUUGGUCCGAGACUAUGCUGCUGGCGACCUUGCCCAGAAGCGGCUGAGCCGCAAGGAGCAGCGCAUCGCCGACAACUUCUAUGUGCGCGGGGAUGGCACGCGCGCCUACUACUUCACCGAGCACGCGCUGAGAGAGCUGUUCACAGGGAGCGGCAUGGAGUGCGUGCAGAUGGGCGUGUGCGAGCGCACCGUCACCAACCGCGCCAGACAGAUCGAUAUGCACAGGCGGUGGAUCCAAGCAGUUGGCGAAGGGGUGGGCGAUAGCAGGGAUGAAGGCAGAAGAGGGAGCAGUGCGUCACGAGCAGAGGGCAGUAGGAGGGGGGCAGCAGGCAGCAGCAUGCAAGCGAGUGACGCUGCCAGCGCGAGUGACGCUGCCAGCGCGAGUGACGCUGCCAGCGCGAGUGACGCUUCCAGCGCGAGUGACGUGGACUGCAGCGACCUCUUCCUCUCUGACCCACCCCUUGAGGAUCACGCCCUAUCUCUCGCCCACCUGCCGGUGCGUCUGUCGCUGCUGUCGCGCGAGCACCAGCACACACACGGCAGCACGGGCCGCCUGCUCUGGGACUCCUCACUCGUCCUCGCCGCGCUGCUGCUCGCCCACCCUGCCCUCACGCGCGGCGCCACUCUCCUGGAGCUGGGGUGCGGCGGGGCGGCGCUCUGCUCGCUCGCAGCCACUCACAGCGCACCACUUGUCAUUGUGGCAACAGAUGGGGAUGAGAGCGCACUCAGCUUGCUGCCGACGAAUCUGGAGCUGAAUUCGGGUAGCUUUGAGACGGGCAGAGUAAAGGUGUGUGAGCUGCGGUGGGGCAAUGAGGGGGAUGAAGCGAUGGGGCAAGCGGAGGGGGGAGGGAGCAGCACAAGCCAUGCGGAAGGGGGCACCGCAGGUGAUCCGGGUGUUCAUGGGUGCAGUAUGGAGGGAGACAAUAGUGAAGGUGUUGAUACUGAACGCCAGCAGAGAGGGGGGUAUGACAUCAUCAUCGGGGCUGACGUGCUGUACGUCCGUGACGCCGUCCCGCUGCUCUUCCAGUCCGCCGCCCGCCUCUUGGUACGGCAUGGUGGGCGCGGGCCCGUGCCGGUGCUGCUGCUGUGCCACAUCACGCGCCACGUGUUGGAGCCUGACAUCCUGGCGGCAGCGGCAGCAGCGGGUCUAGAGGCGGCUGAAGGCGAGCUGGCAGAGCGCGUGGGGGGGAGUGUGGAGCGGGCAUUGCAGGCAGCGGUGGCCACGGCCUUCCCUGGUGAGGGCCGACAGCCCUCGCUGUUCCGCCUGCUGUGCUUCCGCGCCACGAGAUAGGUUGAUGCGCUCACAGAAGCCUUUUUCACAUCUUGCUCACAUGGUGGAACUUGUGAUGAGUGUUCUCCCAAUGUAAUUGCCCCGAUGACG